CCAUACCAUACGCGCUCUUCGUCCCCAGCAACACUCCAUGUUCUGCACUCUCUGCAUGCCGUGCAACCGCGCCGCCGCCGCCGCGUCGCCGCUGACGUAGUCGUGACCCCCCCCCCCCCCCCCCCCCUCCUCUCUCCUCCCCCCGGUGUUCACCCUGGUUCCUGAUUUCACCAGGUUCCAUUCAGAUUACUCGCUCUUCUUGAUUCAUCCGGUCCGAGAGUCCGUGUUCAUCAUGGCGCCGCUUCGCGGGGCCAAGCGUCGCAAGAAGGUGGCGGCGGAGAAGAAGGCCGCAAUGGCGGCCGCGGCGGCAGGUCAGGGCGCGCCUGGCGGCGACUGGUGGGAUGGCUUCUGCAUGCGGAUGGCAGGAACCUUAUCCCCUGCGGCGGACGCACACAGAUUCGAGUUUCUCUUCAAAAUGCCCAGAAGAACGUUCAACUAUGUUUGCAGCUUGGUAAAAGAUGAUAUGAUGGUAAGGGCUAGCAGCUACACCUUUCUCGAUGGGACGGUGCUGUCUUUAGAAGAUCGAGUAGCUGUUGCUCUGAGAAGGUUGAACUCUGGUGGGUCACUGGUGACCGUAGGAACCUCUGUUGGUGUGAACCACUCGACCGUCUCACUGAUAACUUGGAGGUUUGUUGAAGCUGUGGAGGCACGAGCGGGCCACCACUUGCGCUGGCCAGACUCGGAUGAGAUGGCAAUGAUCAAAUCCAAGUUUGAGAAGAUCCAUGGUUUGCCAAACUGUUGUGGUGUAGUAGACACAACUCACAUCAUUAUGUGUCUCUCUUCGGCUGAACCAAACUGUAAGGUGUGGCUGGAUCACGAGAAGAAUUACAGCAUGGUAUUGCAAGCUGUCAUUGAUCCAGAUAUGAGGUUCACAGACAUUGUAACGGGUUGGCCAGGUAGCAUGAAAGAGUCGAGUAUUUUACACAGCUCUGGUCUCUUCAGGCUGUGCGAGAAUGGUGUACGGUUGAAUGGCGGCAAAUUGAUGGUAUCAGACGGAUCAGAAGUUGGGGAAUACGUAAUUGGGGAUGCAGGAUACCCUCUUCUCCCGUGGCUGCUCACUCCUUACCAGGAGAAUGACCUCUCAGACUUGAAAGUGGAAUUCAAUAAGAGACACUCUGCUGCCAGAACAGUCGCGCUGAAGGCGCUGGCGAGGUUCAAGGACACAUGGAAGUUCCUGCAGGGAGAGAUGUGGCGCCCCGACAAGCAUAAGCUGCCUCGGAUAAUUCAUGUGUGCUGUUUGUUGCAUAACAUAGUGAUAGACAUGGAGGAGGAUGCAGCCAUGGACGACGCUCAGAUAUCACACGAUCAUGACGCGAAUUACAGGCAGCAAGUGUGCCAGUUAUCAGAUGAGAAGGCAGUCAGGAUGAGAGACAGACUGUCCGAGCACUUGAACAGCAGCUGACAGAAGAGGUGGAUGAAGAAUUGAAUGUAGGUGCUGCCGUUGGUUUCGUCCGUUGCAGGCUUGCUGCUUAGGGCUCUGUCUGCAUAGUUUUUCAGAGUUUUAGCCAAUCUUGACUGAUGAAACUCGGGUAGAGUCGUAGUCCAUGCCAAUUCGAUCUGGCUCAUUUGAUUAUUCAUCAUCUUGUUGGUGCUCAACUCUUUACCAGAUCGACUAUAAACUGUCACUUUUUGGCUGCAUAGUUUUGCAGAGUUUUGGCAAUCUUAACUGAUGAAACUCGGUUGGUCAAUUUGAUCUGGCUCAUUUGAUUA